AUGUCGCUGAACCAUCACCUUCCCAAGAAGUUCGACCCGAUCCCAAAACGGCAUCAUUGGUACACCUUCUUCAUCUUCCUAUGCGGCAUGCUCUUGCCGCCUAUCGCUGUAGCAGCGAGAUUCGGUAUCGGCCAUGAUUUCUUUGUCAACUGUAUCUUGACGAUAUGUGGCUACUUCCCGGGCCAUGGUCACAACUUCUACGUCCAAAACAUCCGAAACAACGAGAACAAGGCCCGCACGCCCAAAUGGGCACGCAAAGCCGGCCUCGUCGACCCUGCAGACGAGCAACGGCGUAUCGCCAAGUCGCAGUGGAAGAAGCGGUUCGACGAGCGUAACAAUGUGUCGACGCAUGUGGGUGCCGAGCUGGAGGAUGGGGAGGUGGGCGGUAAUUAUGAGCCGAUGGAUCCGAGGGAUGAGGAGAGGCGAGCGAGGAUGCGGAAUGAGGGGCUGUGGAGGGAUGAGGAUGCGGAGCUCUAUAAUGAGGAUCAAGCACCAAAUCAACGGCACCACCACUGGCCCAUGAAUUUCGAGGGCACCGUCGACGACUCUCGCCCCGCCCGCAAAGGUACCGGCAGCAGCGGUACCGGCGACCGCUGGGAACGCGCCAAGGGCGAACGAGACCCUAUCACCGGCGCGCUCAUCGGCGGGAACGCCUAUUCGGACAACCCCGGCGGAAGCAGCGGGAACGGCUCUGCCUACCCUCGGAGCGGAGCCACAGACGACGACGUACCCGAGUGGGGCAAAGACUAUGGAAGCCGGAGUAAAGGCAAGAAGAGCCGGAAUCCGCUCAAGCGAAAUAAGAAGUCUGGGGAGAAUGUCGGGGUGGACUAUCAUGAUUCGGCGUCGGCCGGUGGGGGCGGCGGAGGGUAUGGAAGGGGAGGAGGAUAUGAUGAGAUGAGUAAUGGAAGGUCGGGAGGAGGGUAUGGAGGAAGUGGGGCGGGGCCGUUUGGGGAUGAUGGGUACGACCGGGCGGGGUCAAGCGGGCGGACAGGUGGUGGUGGUGGUGGAGGUCAUGGAGGUGGAGGUGCAGGGGGCGGGGCACAGCCGGCCAAGAAGAAGAGCAGUGAUCCGUUCGAUCAUGAGUUCUAG